UUUUCCUCUUUGUGCUGAUCAGUUCUGCUUCAGUUCUGUUAAAUUCCGAGCUGAGAAAAGUUUCUGUCUUCCCUGAACUUUUGUCUGAGAUGUCUGAGGAACAACUUGUUUCUGCUCCAAAUGAGCAACCAACCAUUGGGAUGAUGCCUUCAGGAGGGGGUUCCAACAAGAAGGCGCUGUUUGUGGCAGGACUGACGGUGUUGGCCACUCUGCUGAUCGCAGGUCAGGCCUUCACUGCCUACUCUGUGUACCAGCAUAGCGAGAAGCUCAGCAUGCUGGAGAGACGCUCAGAACGUCUGCAGGAGAUAACCAUUAAAGCCAGGGCUAAUCGCACUCCAAUGAAGAUGGCCGUCCCCAUGAGCUCCUUGCACCUGAUGGCUAUUGACACCUCAGACAAGGUGCAGUCCACUCCUAACCCUGAAGUACCUAUCACUAAGUGCCAGAAGGAGGCUGCAGGUCUGAUCCCCAUCCCUCUGCCAUUCUACAAGCCCAAGUGUGAUGCACUCGGUGCGUACAUGCCUGAGCAGUGCUGGAAUGGGACCAAAUGCUGGUGUGUGGACCAGAACGGAGAUCCAAAGUCUGACACUUUGGUGGAGGGACGUGCCAACUGCGGCUAGAUAAAGGAUCUGCAAUAUACGGAUAUACGAGGGAUAAAUCUGCAUCCGCGUGAAGAUCCUUUUCCAUUCGCUUCUUUUCUGCCUUUCAGAAAUUAAAGUAGUGUAAUACUUUAAAUAUUAGGAGCAGACUUUAAGAGCAUUAUUAAUGCAGAUAUUUGGGGAAUCAAAUUUAAGCUUCAUGUAUAUCAUUUGAAUUAUAAGGCUAAUGCGCUGUGGGUUACUCUGGGUAACUUGUUACUUCUCCUCAUCAUUAUCGGUAUCGUAUAUAUUUUUUUAACUGAAUUUCUUUACUAUUCAUUCACAUUUUUUUAUGCUGCACUGUGUGAUAAGACAACGAGUAGCAGAUGAGAUUAAUAAGGAUUUUAAUAAAGAAUUGGAAAACUCAAAUUAGUGGAAAUAAAUAAGUACUAACAAAA